AUGAGCUUGGAGAGAAGUGAAGAGGAUCUACUAAAAGAUAUUGAACAAGGGCAAGGAUAUGGAGCUACUCAUCAAACAACUUCGUCUUCUCAAAUAUCUGAGAGUAUCACAAGUAGAAAAAGAUAUCGCAUGCAACAAAGACAGUGUAGACCAAAGAUGCUAGUUGAUUGUUUCCAUCCGAGUGAUAAAUCAUUGAACAAAGCAAGACUUUCACCGGACCUUGUUUUACCCGCACUUGAUCCAAGUGCCAAAGAAGUCAUUGAGUCAAAAAAGUCAAGGCAUUCUUUUCCAAGACAAUCUCGUGUUAAUCUCAGCACUGUUAGAGCAAAAUAUAGAAAUCAAAAGAGACUAGCGAGAUACUACGCACAGAACCAAUCUUUAAGAGAGAACAUCAAAUAUUUUCUAGAGUUCAAUCCUUAUAUCACAAGAAUUAAAAAUAUAUUAUUUGCAAAAAAGACAAUCAUACUCUUUGUACAUUUAGAUCUCUUAGUUGAUUUGUUAUUUUGUUUAGCAUACCUUGUGGAGAUGAAAGAAGAAAAUACUCUUGACUUGGAGCCGCCAUGGAUGUAUGGUUAUCGAUCAUACAACUUGUGGAUUACAUGUCUUGUAUUUGCAUACUGGGACUUGUGUUCAUUUAUCAUCAGAUUCUUUAUCACGAUGCACCCAAUGUCAGUCAUUUUCAGUUUUCGAUGUCUUAUUGAGCUAUUAACAACGAUACCAUUCCUGAUAUCGGUGUAUAUCCCGAAUGGGCAGUUCUUAUAUGUGCCUUACUUUGUUCGAAGCUGGGUUUUGCUAUUAAGAAUCAAGAGCGUCAUGAAGAUUAAAGUUAAUCUACAAAUAACAGAUAGGCCUAGUGAUCCGUUGAGUACCAAGCUGAUCCACCUUGUCAGCACUUUAAUUGUACUGCUGUAUAAUGGCACAUGUGCAUUUCAAUAUACAGAAGCUACUUAUGGACAUGAAAGCUAUACUAUAUUAGACUCCUUAUAUGUUGUCAUGGUCACUCUUUCAACUGUAGGAUAUGGAGACAUCACACCAGAUAACCAAUGGAGUCGCGUUGUUAUGAUGUUGCUGAUUGUAAUCGCGCUGGUCGUACUUCCUGGGCUCAUCAGUGACGUAUGUGAUACCCUACAGAAAAGAAAAGAGGGAGAAGGCCAUGUCAGCAAAGGAUCUACGCCAUUUAUUCUUAUUGUUGGAUCAUUUAAAUUUGAUCAAGUGGUUGAAAUCCUUGAUGGCUUUCUAAACAAAGAAAGCGUUCAAUUUCAUCUCAAUGUCGUAUUUCUCGAUAUCAAUAAACCCACUGAGCAGUUAAAAAUGAUGGAACGCAACUCAAUCUGGGGACAUCGUGUUCAAUUCCUUCAUGGUUCUGUUCUGGACGAGAAAACGCUGUUACGUGUAAACGCACGAUACGCAGCAGCCAUUUUCACAUUAUCAGAUCAAAAUGCACCAAAUCCCUCAAAAGAAGAUGAGCGGAAUACAGUUCGAUUAUGGUCACUUUACUGCCACACAAAGGUUGCAAAGGAGAUCAUAUGUGUAAGAGAGUUUAAGCAGUAUCUCUUGGCUAUGAAUUGUCGCUGUAGAGGAGCAUCAACACUACUAACCAACCUGUUACAUCAGAGACAGCCCAUCAAUAAUUAUGAUGAAGGAUGGCAAGCACAGUUUGAUGACGGCUCGUGUAAUGAAAUAUAUACAGGUAAUGCACCUGUCUGCGUACGUGGCAUAAGCUUUGGUCAAGCAUCAUUAUACUUAUUUGAGGAAGCCCAAGUCAUUUUGUUUGCUGUUAAAACGUUUUUACACUCAAAAAACGAGUAUGAAAUUCUGCUAAAUCCAAGUAAUUCAUAUAUCAUUAAGGACAAAGAUGUUUGUGUCUAUAUCGCAGAAGGUCCUAGGGAAAUUCGUGAUCUGGAGGAUCUGCCACCACCAAGGAGAUUUUAUAUUGCAGAUAAUGUGCCAGUCAUCAGAAAGAAACCCUUUGAAAUGAAUUCAGCAAACAUUGGCGGCUGGUCACCUUCACAGCCCGUGGAGUACUGUUCAUUUGCUUCAGGGAAAACUCACUAUUUCACAAUAGCCAAGUUGCCAUCUAAUAGGCAUGCUAUCCUUACUGGUAGUCGAGCACUCAUUAAGCGGAUAGGCACCCGUGCGCCUUCUGCUGUAUAUAUGAGUGAAGAAACUGAUACAUCUGUACCUCUCUGUUACUCACUCACUGAGCCAUUGCAGUUGGAAGACAUCACUCUGAACUCGGCACAGGGUAUGACUGGACAUAUCCUAGUUUGUUUGCAUCGAGAAGCAAUCAAUAUGUUUAAAUUUAUCUAUAACCUGCGUUCUCCUCAUAUCAAACCAGAUAGUCUGCAAGAUAUCGUUUUACUCUGCCCAAACAAGCCUUCUCAAAAAGUAUUUCAACUCAUUAAUACUUUUCCUAGAGUGUACUUUAUUGAAGGUAAUUGCAGACAGCCAGAGGAUUUGGUAAAAGCAGGAGCAAAGACAGCAAAACAAAUCGUUGUUAUGAGCGAAAAGGAAUGUCUGGACGAGUAUGAGCGUAAUUCAGAUAGUCCUGCA